ACAGUACACGGUCAGUCGUAAAUGACAAUGAACGUGAUUGACAGUCAAGGCUAAUCAUGUAUUUGCAUGAUUGAUAAUGACUGACAGUCCAUUUUCGUAACUGAUAAAAUUCAAAUGUAUUAUUUUUUGGCUGUCAAUUACAUUGAUUGUCAUUCGAAACUGACCGCAUAUGUCUAUGAAUGUAUAAUACAUUAGUCGAACCGUGGAGACGUGCCGUGUCUUUUUGUCUUGUAAAAUCUAUAUAUUCGUUAAAAAAUGACAAAUAAGUUAAACAAUGAAGAAUUUUGGCGCGAGUUUAUACAUUUAUAUCGUAGUUUACCUGCAACGUGGAAAAUAAAAAGUGAAAUGUACAAAGAUAAGAUGUUAAAACAUGACUGUUAUGUGAAAUUAACUAAUAAAUUAAAAGAAAUUGAUCCAACUGCUGACAUUAAUACAACUAAAAAAAAAAUAAACAUAUUGAGAUCAAAUUAUCGUCGUGAGUUAAAGAAAGUCUUGGCUAGCGAAAAAUCAGGUGCAGAUAUCGACGAUAUAUACUUGCCAUCGGUUUGGUAUUUUGAUGAGUUUAAAUUUUUACGUGACCACGAGAUUCAGAUUACCGGAAAAUCGACAACGGAUGAAGAUGAAACAUUUUUAAAUACAUCGAUGCAGCAAUCGCAAAACAUCACUUCGGAAAAUACAAAAGAUAUUUUCGCAACAAGCUCUGCUGAAACUCCUGUAACUCCUGUCUCAAUUUCCCACGAACCAUUAAAAAAAAAAAAAAGGAAAAAUUCUGAAAAACAAAAAAUGAAUGAUUUGCUAGAAUUAGCAUGCAAUCGUCUACAACAAUCUACAUCUGAUAGUGAUAUUUUAGCUAAGUUUUGGGCAUUAGAGUUACAAAAACUAGAACCAGACCAACAACUGUUUGCUCAAAAGGCAAUAUCCGACAUCCUUUUCGAAGCUCGUUUAAAAACUCUCCAUCGUAAUUCUGUAAGAAUCAAUCAUUCUUGUGUGUGUCCACGUUCUUCAAAACCAUAAAUAUUUGUUCAAGCUAUGCCAGUUCAUAUGUCUGAAAACUAAAAUUCAUUACUAUUCCUUCGUUCACAACAUAUAUGGGAAAUACAUACAUGUAUCUGAACGUUUCAUAAACAAACAUUUUAUAAUAAUUUGCUGAACAUUUUUCCGACACUAAGUAUACAAAUUAAGAUGUGUUAUUUUUAUUUUUUUAUUACUAUACUACACAACACAAUUUAGUUGAAGAAUAUUUAGAUUAAUAGAAUAUGUUGAAUAAUAAUAACAUGGUGUAAAUUCAAAUAUUUUUACA